AUGAAGCUGCAUCUCGACAUCUUUGGAUGCUCCAGCAAGACAUGCAAGAGUGCUGUCAAUCGGUUCAGUCUUCAUCUACCAAACCUCGAAUGGUCAGAGGUCAAAGCCCUGCCGCCUCCCUCAUAUCCUGAAGAAUCUCCUGGACGUCGGGAUGAGAAUCCUAGGAAUCCGCGCGUCCAGGAGAUCCAAACGAGCCCUAACAUUCGCGGAAUCUCAUGGAACAUCUGGGGUUGGACCCCUCUUUCACCUGUGUACCACCCUUCGUCCGGUACCGCUCUGGUCAACAUUAUCAUUCAAAGCAUCAUUCAAAGCCUUGCCACGGGUUUCGUCGGUACAGACCAUUCCACUUUUAACCUUGGAGAGGAUUUGGGCUCUGAGCCGCACCAGAAAAAUAAAAUGAUGCUAUAG